GCCUAGUUUCCUGAAACGGGUCACAUAUUUGGUGUGUAGUUGGUUGGCAUUGUUAGUUAACAAGCUGAGAUCUCUGCUCAAGUUGGCUAACGUUAGUUAGCUUGCUAGCAAUGUUUUGAGGAGAAGAGGCUAGCUCCCUGUAGAAUCGAGAGGGUAUGGGGGAGAAGAUUAGAUGUGCAGUUGCUUCAAUCAGGGUGUUGCAGUAACCCAGAUGAGAUGACAGCAAAUUACCACGGAGAUGAAAAGGAAGUCAGAGGAGGAAGUGGACAUGGAGAAGGUGACAGCUGCCAUGGUUCUGACCAGUCUGUCCAGCAGUCCGCUGGUCAGGAGUCCUCCCGUCAAAGUCAGUGAGUGUCUGAAUGGCUCGUGGAAGGACAGAGGUGGAGGCUUCACCCCCUCCAGUUACAGCAGCAGUGGCUAUUGGAGCUGGAGCGGCCCUAGUGACCAGUCCAACCCGUCCACCCCCUCCCCACCGCUCUCCGCAGACAGCUUCAAGCCUUUCCGUAUGCCCAGCAUCAACGGCCCGCCCCCCGACGACGCCAUCGACGAACAGGACGGCAGCAGCCUGCUCUUUGACGAGCCAAUCCCACGCAAGCGCAAGAACUCCAUGAAGGUGAUGUUCAAGUGUCUGUGGAAGAAUUGUGGGAAGGUUCUGAGCUCGGCUGCUGGGAUACAGAGACACAUCCGGACCGUUCACCUGGGGCGUAACUGUGACUCUGACUGCAGUGACGGAGAGGAGGAUUUCUACUACUCAGAGAUCAAACUCAACACAGACUCAGUGGCUGACGGUCUGAGCAGCCUGUCCCCUGUCUCCCCCUCUGUGCUGUCCCCCGUCCCUCCCUCCAAUGACCGCCACAGACGACCCCCCGCAGAGGGCAGCAACGGGUCCAGUGGGAACAAGGAGAACCACAGCCACGCCCACUCAAACACCACGCCCCUCAGUCGCUCUGCCCCCAGCGCCCUCUACCUCAUCCACACUGACCAUGCCUACCAGGCCACAUCUCCAGUUACCAUCCCCUCCACUGGGUCAGGCUCUGCUGCCUCCACCUCCUUCAUCCCCAGCAGCAGCUCCAAUUUCAGCAUCUCCUGGCAGUCACCUCCUGUCACCUUCACUGGCACCGCUGUCUCUCCCACUCACAGUCGGACUCAGAGCUUUGUAGAACAACGGCCCCAGACCAUAGCAGUCCUCUCCUCCCCUCCCAGAGCCACUGGCUCACUCAGUCGUAAGUCCCGUGGCGAGGGUAAGAAGUGUCGCAAAGUGUACGGGAUGGAGAACAGGGACAUGUGGUGCACUGCCUGCCGAUGGAAGAAAGCCUGCCAGAGAUUUACUGACUGAUUUACUGACUGAACCAACCAAGUAACCAACCGACCAACCGCUGUGCUGCAUGCCCUUCGCCAUGGAAAUCAGGGGUGUUCCUUCCUAUUCCCUUCCUAAGCAUGCGUUAACGUAACUCCAUUCCAACCCGACCCCUCCCUAACCCGACUGUCUAUCAGAACCAACAGGAUGGAGCCUACAGCUGUCCUGAGUAAAUCCCAAGUUAACUCUAGUUCCCUCCCACUUCCAACCUCGGAAGCAACAACCAACACGCAGCUCCAGCUCUAAAGAUGACGACAACAUCAAAAUAACUCUGCUUUUUAUAUGUUCAGUUUGUUGUCUCUCUUCUUUCUAUGUUUUGAAAAACAAAAAGCAUCUCUGAUUUUUUUUUUUUUUUAAAGGAACAUUCGUCAGGCCAGAAGGGACCAGAAAACAGGCUUCCUUUGUCCAUAAAAUUCUUCUCUUUUUUUUCAGAGAAGACUGGACAUUUUGUUUUAUCUUUGGGAGAAUCAAAAGAGAGGAGGGGAAAGAUCCUUCUUUCCUCAGUCCCUUUCUCUCUGUUCUAUCCUGUACAGUCCGGAUAUCUACUCCCUCUCUCCUCCGUCGUCACCCCAGGGAAUGGAUCUUGUGUCUGGACUCGGGAGGGAUCGAUAGCACCCCCUGGUGGGGGAAAAUGGAUCAAUUCCAAAACAAAUACAAAUACCCAGUCAGGGUGCUGAACAGACUAACAUUGCCAGCUGCAACAAGCCCCACACCACAACGCCGCAAGCAAUUCAACACACAGCAACACAGGACAACACAGUUUUCUAUCUCAAAUCUGAAAGAAGACAGUGGAUGCUGUAAUCGUGUCAUUCUGAGGAGAAUUCUUUCAUUCUGAAACCAAGGAAUGCUUGUUUUGUUACAUAGCACCAGAACUCCACAGCACCAGAACUCCACAGCACCAGCACUCCACAGCACCAGAACUCCACAGCACCAGCACUCCACAGCACCAGCACUCCACAGCACCAGCACUCCACAGCACCAGAACUCCACAGCACCAGAACUCCACAGCACCAGAACUCCACAGUCACCUAAAUACACACACACACACAGUAACCCUUUAUAAUAUCUGGAAGUGUAGUUUAGCAGCUCCAACCUGACAGCUCGCUCUGUGUGUGAGAGCGUGAGUGAGCUCUUCGGCUUGUCUGGCCCAAUGAUGUAUAUAAACUCUGGAUGACUGACAGGGGGCGCUGUAUUGAAGCCAUCUUGGUAUUCCUCCAUUGUAAAAAUAAAUACAUGUAAAAAUGUUACUGUCCUCACUACAACAAAAAAUACUUAAAUACAUGUCAUUUUGUCCUUUGCAUUUAAUUGAAAUACUGUAGAAUUCCACUCAUUCCUAUGGAGGACUGAUCUUACUGGAGAGUGGCAAUAUGGCCGACCACUGGCUUCAAAGCCUCUCAUUGGCUAAUACAUGGCACCAGCAAUCCAGGGUUUUUAUGCCCCCCCCAUCCUCGCCUCCUCCUGUUAAAAACAGUUUGUUAUGAAAUGACAGGACGGGCAACGUUGAAGCUACAGGAGUCCAGCCACCCGGGAUUCUGUUGUUUUAACGUUUACCGUUGAUGUUUUGUUUGUUGUCAACGUUCUCUCUCUCUGGUAUCUAAUGGUGAUGCCUUGUUUACCUCACUGUGGUGCUUUUUAACAUUUUUGUUUAAUAAACGCUAUCCCCGUUUAUAGAAAUAUCAUUCAAGAAAUAUCAUUCUAGAUUAUUUUUUCUAUGUCUCCGUUGUUGUGUGUAGAUUGUCUGCCCGAGAGGUGCUGUGCACUCCGUUAGCAGGGAACGCAGUGGGGGGGGGGGUCUAUUCUGGUCCAAUAAGGUUUCACUAUAAUGCCCUUUUAUAUGUCCAUGCUGUUACACUGUAGUAGAACAUGAAAAUAAAAAAACAACUGCCUCAAGACAAGUUCUUGUCUCAA